AAGUUGACUCGCAGGCUCCGGCUUUAUCAAAGCUGUCUGAGAAAUCGUCCGUUCGCUAUCGGAUCUGCACCGGUGUCGUUUACGCGCGCAGAAUCCCACCGUCAAGUGUUCUCGAGACGAGUAGCGGCUAUACACCGAGCGCAUCGACCGCGGAGCACGUUUGCAGAGCUCUUUUCUAAGGCGUUUGUCAGAGCAGUCUUUGCAAGGAGUGCCCGUGUCGUGUUCCACUUGAAACGGUCGCAGGCCCGCAAAGCCGUUCAUAUUUGACGCCAGCCCGUGCCAGGCGAGUCUCGUUCAGAGCGCAGCGGUAGCAGCAGCGAGCCACGUGGAAAAGAUGGGCCGGGUGCGCCAGUUCCGUUCCUUCUGCGGCAUCGACGAGGUGUCUGCCACGAGCAGCCUGUGGAAGUCCAUGGUGGCCGAAUACAUCGGGACGGCCGUGAUCGUGCUCAUCGGCUGCGGCUCGUGCAUCAACUGGGGCUCGCCAGACAAGCCGCAGGGCGAGGCCACCAUGGUGCAGAUCGCCAUCGGGUUCGGCAUCACCGUGGCCACCAUGGUGCAGGCGUUGGGCCACGUGAGCGGCGGCCACCUGAAUCCGGCCGUCACCAUCGGCAUGCUGUUCGUGGGGCGCGUGUCGCUGCUGCGCAGCUUCUUCUACCUCUGCAGCCAGCUCAUCGGGGGCAUCACUGGCGCCGCCAUCCUGCGAGCCGUCACUCCGGAGGCGCGCCACGGGGCCCUGGGCGGCACGUCGCUCGCCGAGGGCGUCACGCCUCUCAUGGGCCUCGGCGUCGAAGCCUGCAUCACCUUCAUCCUGGUGCUCACGGUGUUCGGCGUCUGCGACGCCAACCGGCUCGACGUCCAGGGCUCGGCGCCGCUGGCCAUAGGUCUCUCGGUCACCACCUGCCACGUCUUUGCGGUCCGGUACACGGGAGCAGGCAUGAACGUGGCACGCUCUUUCGGUCCGGCGGUGAUGUCUGGAAUGUUUGACGACCACUGGGUCUUCUGGCUGGGACCCAUCCUCGGAGGCGUGAUCGCCGCCGUGGUGUACGAGAACGUGUUCCAGGCGCCGCCCAUCACCAGCGAGGAUCUGGACAAGGCCCAGAUCACGGUUAUGGCCAAGCUGGCCAACAAGGAGGUGGUCGCCGAUCGCACCACGUCCAUCUGAGCUCCACGACGCGUGCACGGAGCAGAGCGGCGAGGCAGCACCCUUCACCACGCUUGGACCGCCGCUCACUGCGUGCCAGUUUACUACUUUCCCAGGCGUCGGAAGCGCGGGCUUUCUGUGGUGUUGCUUCUUUCACCCUUACUCUGUUCCUAUCAGUGAAGCGCAAUGCAAGCGUCGAUAAGGCAUCGAAUGAAGCUAGCUAUAUAAUAGUCAUUCGUACAAAAGAAAGCAUGAGCUGUAAAAAUGCGCACGAAUACGUCCCCGGGAGCCCGGGACGACUGCGUUUGAUAUCGCGCCUACCUGGCAGCUGAAAACGAGCACCACCGCUAGCCGCGGUCGGUAUUCGUCUCGCCCCGUAUUAGUCAUCGUGUGUCGUGUGAUUUCUUUACGGUGUAUCAUUCCUCAUCACAAAGUGCUCACGUCAUCUCUGCAGUGCCGCACCGCAGCUGUCAACGUUUGUGUUUUUUACACUAAAUUUAAAGAAAAUUCUGCGCGUAGCAUCGCGUUAUUGGGUUAAUCUUUUCUCAUUUUUUUCUUCUCUCUCCUUUUAUUCCUUUUACCCCUUUCCCCAGCACAGGGUAGCCAGCCGGCACUUACACUGGCUAACCUCCCUCUCUUUCCUCCCCUUUUCUCUCUCUCUCUCUCUGCACUUUACAGCAGGGAUACCGAAGUGCUGAGGCGCACACUUUGAAUUGGCGGCGCACUAAAUAUUAAGGUCUCACGUCUGUGACUCCCGUACACGAUAUGCUCUUGUUGCCGACCUGCAGUGUGCUAAUGGAAGUAUCAUUAGAGGCGAAUUUCGGGUAUCUGGGUCGAAUCGCUGGUGUUUAAACAUUUAUCAAACAAUUGUGCGGUAUAAGACAGUUCCGAUGCAUGCCCCAUUGGAACACUCCUUGACAGAUAAUUCUGAAAUUGCUAUAGCAGGCAUCUGCAGAUCGUACCUUGUUUUGUUCACAUCACAUCGCAACUCAUAAUUGUCAUUCUUACUGGUUAACCAUACAAACACAUAGAGCCGGUAAUAUUAUAUUCAUUAGAUCACCGCGUUUGGUUACAUAGUCUGUAGUGCACAAAAUCAAUGCAUCUUUUUAAACCACAUAAGCUUCUGAAAGUUCAAAAACGAUUGAAACUGAUCUGUGCAGCACAAAUGGUUCGCAUAAAGUGCCAUGCACUGCCGUGCGCUUAGCGUGUAACGCAGGAUGCUUAGGUUACAACUGUUUCACCAUAAGCGGUGCGCUUUGUUGCAACUUGUGUCGCGUGCCACGAGCGCGACAAAUGUAAAUAAUAUUGUGCCACUAACCACAGACACGCUGUUUCCCCAGCAAGUGCUCGGGCACAUAUCGUGUCAGCCAUGUACACAUUCAACGAACCAGUGCUGUUUGCAUUCAUUUUGUAAUAAAAGAGAUAUUUAAUUCCCGA